AUGAGUGGGUCGUCGCAUAUUGAUGUGCCGUUUACUGAGCCUUCUGCGGUGCAUAUGACCUGUCCAAAUGACGGCUUAUCUGCUGCUGGCAAGAACAAUCACCCUGUCUCCGAAAGCGACAAAGUUCCCGACAAAGCUCACGACGCUACUAAGCAAACCUCAAAUAAUCCUUCGGCUCUAACACCGCAAUCUCCAAUGGCUCGAGCAGAGCCGGUUGCAUCAGGAAGCGAUCCCGAUUCUUUUCACGCGUCCAGAGGUGAAUUGCCUGAAAUGGGGACUUUCCCCGGAGAAAGCACUGCACGGUCGCAGACCUCAUUGAGCUCGCAAGGGAAUAACUUGACUCGAGGUCUUUCCUCGCAUCACCUUUCCAGUGGACAAGAACAUGACGUCGCAUCAAUAUCAGGGGCUCAGCGCUCGCCCCAGUUAGCCCGCAGUCACAAAAGAACGGCAACGGGUGAAAUCAAGCCCUCGAACAUAUCAGUAGCACCUCCUAGCCCCGGAACGAUUAGCACGGAGAGGCAUCCAGCUGAGAGUAUCGGCUGGCGCUCACGUGGAAGUAAGAUCGCUGCGUUGUCCGUUCACCUUCGUACUCGCUUGUCAUACGCCGCAGCCAGGAUAGAGAAAAGCAGGCAAUCUCUCGACGCGCAGGCGAAACUGCCAUUGAAUAUACUACAAGAAAGCUCCUCCACCGCGCCAGUCGUUGUCAAAACACCGCCAUACGCUGAUGGGGCUGAUGGCUCGCGCCUGCAGGACAAGGACUCUCCAGAGGGUUCUCCGGUCUCCGCGCCAGAUCUGCCGACCCAGUCCAAUCUCUUCCCAAACACGCGGCUCUCCCCUGCGGCGCGGUCAGACGAUCUAUCAUCUGUUGCCCCAUCUAAAAAAUCUCCUGUAUCACAAUUCUCAUCGAAAAGAAUGUCGGCAACACCGAGACUCGCACCUCCCGCAGAUAUCGUUCCAAGUGGUAGCGGCUCCCGCCGCAGGCGGCCGAAUCCAAACCAAGCGCUUGCACCUUCACGCUACGUCCCAUCUUCUGAUGACAGGCAGCAUCGUCCUCAGCAUGGAACUACUGAUGAUUCACCGAAUGUCCUCGUUCCGGGGACGCCUCCGCUCCAAUCAUUGUCGCAGCCAACAUCCACGCCGUAUAACGGCCUGUCGAGGCAGUCAACGCAUUCGCAAAAUGCGUCAAUGGAACAGGACGCAAUUGAAACCUUAUUGUUCAUGUCUAGUCCUGGUAAUUCAACUUACCACCCGAGUUCCCAGAGGCAGCAAAGUGCUUCGCACAUCAGCCAAACGUCAUUAAGUACAGGAUCGAGCACCAGCCGCAGUCAAACGCAAGACUCUCAGGCAGCUGGGGCAGAUCAUCGGCGUGCAGGUCAAGCUCGCUUCUUGGAAUCGCAAGCAGGGGACGAGAUUGACCGCAUGCUUGACCAGAUGGAAGAUAGCGACAGCGAAGACGAAAGAAAACCUAGAUACCAUUGA